AAUUGCAGAUUUUCAUUGUCUAUGCUGUGUAUCAAAUCGCGAGAAAAGCAAAAAGACGCAUUUUAUAGUAAUUUGUAAAUAUUUAAUUUCUGUAAUAAAUAAACUAAUUUCCUCAGUUGAAUAUGAGCAAUGCAGAGGAAUCUUCGUCUUCGCCAAAAGAUAUGUCGUUUGCAGAAAAGCAAGCUGAACGCUUGAAACGAUUGCGUACGCUGCACACAGCCAGAAACGAGGCCAGGACCCACAACCACCAGGAAGUUGUGGCAGAAGAGGCAAGAAAUAAGCUACCAACGAACUAUGAGGCUAAGAAACGACAAGCGGAAUGGUUAUUGGACGAUCAAAACAAGCGGGAAGAAGCGAGUAAGCAGGGCAAAGAUUACGACCGUGUAAAACUUCUGAACAUCUCUGCUGUAGAAGCAGAGAGAUUAGAGCGCAAGAAAAAGAAGAAAAAUCCGGAUCAAGGCUUCUCAACUUACGAACAGGCGACCGUGAGACAGUACAAUAGACUUGUUAAAAACAUGCCUGCAAUGGAAAAAGAGCAGUAUGAAAAGCAGAAGCAGAAAUAUGGAGACGCGUUCUACGGCGGUCCUAACGUUAUCAUACAUGGAAUGCAUGAAGACCGUAAGGAUGCCAUAGACAAAAUGGUGGAUGACUUGGAAGGACAGAUUGCUAAACGAGCCAAAUAUUCACGUAGGAGGAUACACAAUGAUGAUGCAGACAUUGAUUAUAUUAAUGAAAGGAAUGCCAAGUUUAACAAGAAGUUGGAAAGGUUCUAUGGUGAGCAUACAGCUGAAAUUAAACAGAAUCUGGAGAGAGGCACUGCAAUAUAGAUUUUUGUUACUUUGAUCAGUUAUUUUACCUUCUGGUUACAAUUUCUAUAGACUGGUAACAGGCCACCAUGUUUUGGAGCAUUCUUUUAGGUGUCGUUUUGCUCAAAG